AUGCUGGAGUCGGAGAGCGACGAGCCCGAGGAGGCCCGCGCCAACGGCGUCGCGGAUCUCUCCGAAGAGGACGACGACGACGACGAGGACGGGGAAGAGAUGGACGAAGAGGACGACUCAGAACCCGCCUCCGCGGAGGAGGAGGAGGAGGAGGACGAGGAGGACGAGGAGGACGACGAGGAGGAGGACGAGGAGGACGACGAGGAGGACGAGGAGGCGCGCGCCGCGCUCGUCUCCGACGUCGUAGGCGUCCCUCGCGCCGACAAGCGCCGCCGGCUCAAGCGCGGCAUCACCGAGCACGGCCGCGAGGGCGAGUUCGCCCUCGGCCCCGCCGUCGGCUCCGCAAACGAGACGGACCUCACCGAUCCCGGAGCACCGCCGGGCCUGUCCAUCGCGUCCUUGAUGGCGUCCGUGGAAGGGCAGGGCGCCGCCGCGGCCGCGAUCGGGUCGGCGCGGCGCAGGCUCGACCGCCUCGCGAACAAAAAGGCGACGCCGGAUGCGGUUCCGUUACCCCGCGUGGUCAACGAGCGCAUCGAGCGCAAGGCGGCGUACGAAACCACGAAAGCGGACAUCGCCAAGUGGCAGCCCAUCGUGAAAGAGAACAGGGAGAAGCCCACUUUGAAUUUCGUGGGCGUGGAGCGGGAUAAGAUGCACCGCAAGAAGACGCUCGCGUCGAUCAACACCGAUUUCGUCCCCGAGAAUGACUUUGAAAAAGAGAUUAUGGCGCACCUGAAGGAGGCGAACGCGCUGACGGGGGAGGACGUGGAGCGCGCCGAGGACCUCGCGCUGAACGAGCUCACCCCGGAGGAGGCGAGGGAGAGACGGGCGAGGCUGGCGAAGAUGCGAAACCUGCUGUUCAAGCACGAGAUGAAGGCGAAGAGGGUCAAGGCUAUCAAGUCCAAGACGUUUCACAGGCACAACAGGAAGACGGGGGCGAUGAAGGUGAUCGACGGGGAGACUGGGGAGGAAAUCGGCGACGACGACGCCGCGCUGGAGGGCCUCGAUCCCGAUAACUCGGUGGAGGCGAAGCGCGAGUACCUCCGCGCGCAGGAGCGCAUGCUGCUCAAGCACAAGAACACCAGCAGGUGGGCCAAGCGGGCAAUCAAGAAGGGGCUCGCGCAUCUGCCGGGCACGAAGGAGGCCAUCGCGGAGCAGCUCCGCAUCGGCCAGGAGCUCAAGCGCAAGAUCGGCAUCGGCGGCGAGCGGGGCGCGAGCAGGGACGACGACGACGACGAGUACUCCACGGACGCCGAGACCGACAGCGACGACGACGCCCCCGGCGUCGUCGGCGGCGGCGCAGGUGCCGGCGACGUGAACGACCGCCGCCGCGCGCUGGCCAAGGCUAAGCUCCGAACGAUGCAGGCCAUCGAGGAGGGCGCGGCGGGGGCGGAAGAGGAGGGCGGGCUUUUCGCGCUGCCGUUCAUGGCGCGGCACAUGAAGAAGAAGCGCGAGGAGGCUGAGGAGGAGGCCAAGCAGCUGCUGCGGGACAUCGAGAGGGCGGAACGCGAGGCGGCGGCGGGGGCGGGGGGUUCCGACGACGACGAGGGUUUCGGCGGCGGCCUCGGCGACGGCGACUGGGGCAAGGGCGCGGAGAAGUUCGAGGAGACAGACGACGGCGUUGGGCAGAGGCGGAGCAGGAUCGUGUCCUUCGGCGGCGGCGUCACAGCUGGCGGCGGCGGACCCUCCGGGAAUGCGAAGCCGAAGAGACCGCCGCGCGAGGACGGUUCCGAUUCCGAGAACGACGGCGGUCCACGUGAGCUCGGGGACGACGUGGACGACGACGACGAAGACGCGGCGAUCGAUCGGAACGAAACAAAGAUGAAGCGAGGCGCGAACCGCGCCGCGCGCCGCGCCGCCGCCGCGGGCGAAGCCGGCGAUCCCCUCGCCGCCGCGCAGGUUCCCGAAGUUUCCGGCCCGGCGACUCACCCCGCGGCGACUGUCACCGUCCACCAAUCGGAGGUGAAGGAGCUCACCGCCGCGGCGAAGAAGAGCGGGAGCGCGCUCAAGGCGCGGAUGGCGGCGCGCGCGUCAGGCCGCGGCGCGGUGGUGGUGACCGCCGGCCCUAAACCCGCCGACCGCAAGAUUGACAUGGCCAUGGACCGCGACGACGACGACGACGACGACGCCAAGAAUCACCCGGCGUCCAACGGGGUCGCGGACCUGAACCAGCGCGACCUCCUCUCGCGAGCCUUCGCCGGGGACGACGUCGUGGGCGAGUUUGAGGCUGACAAGAACGCGGAGGUGACGGACGAGCUCCCCAAGGUUGACGUCCCGAAGCAGAUGCCCGGUUGGGGCGGGUGGGCGGACGUGCAGGCCAAGCGCGGGCCGCCCAAGUGGCAGCUCGAGGCUGAGCGAAAGGCGCGCGCGACGCAGCAAAAGGCGCUCAAGGCGAGGCGGGACGCCAACUUGAAGCACGUGGUGAUAUCCGAGCGGUACGAUAAGAAGGUGGCGGGUUUCAACGUGGAGCACGUGCCUCACGGGUUCGACUCCAAGGCUGUGUACGAGGGGAGCAUGAGGACGCCGCUCGGGCCGGAUGCCAACACGGACAAGUCGUUCCGCGACCUGACGCGACCGAAGGUGCUGGUGAACGCGGGAGCGGUGAUUCGACCGAUGACGUUCCCAAAGGGAAGGCGGCCGAAGCAGAAGGAGUGA